AUGGAAAUCGACUGUGUAGUCAACCAAAGACCCAUGCCCAAAGGAAGUGUUUUAAGGAAACUUGACCCAGUGAUUGACGAAGAUGGGCUCUUGAGAGUAGGUGGACGCCUUAUGGAAGCCAAUGUAGGCCUAAAAGAGAAACAUCCUGUGAUAGUUCCUGGACAGCAUCAUAUAGCCACUCUGCUCGUGCAACACCAUCAUGAACAGACAAAGCACCAAGGUCGGCUGUUCACUGAAGGAGCUCUAAGAGUGGCUGGAUUGUGGAUAGUUGGAGCUAAAACAUGUGUAUGCAGAUUCAUAUUUAAAUGUGUUACCUGUCGGAAAAUUUGUGGUAUGUCGCAACCACCGAAGAUGGCAAACCUCCCAUAUGACAGACAAAGUACGGAUCCACCCUUCACUAAUGUUGGCUUAGACGUGUUUGGUCCUUGGCCUGUUGUUGUCCGUCAAACCAGAGGAAGCCGUGCGCAUGGGAAACGUUGGGCGAUUAUGUUCACCUGUCUGUCCAUCAGAGCUGUCCAUAUUGAAGUAAUUGAAUCAAUGGAUACUUCCUGUUUCAUUAAUGCUUUCCGACAUUUCAUUGCCAUCAGAGGACCUGUCAAACACAUUCGUUCUGACCGAGGCACAAACUUUGUCGGAGCAGCGAGAGAACUUCAACUCUCUUCCAACUUAGAUGUCAACAACAUAGAAAGAUACCUCAGUGAACGAGGAUGCACUUGGACCUUUAACCCACCACACUCUUCACACAUGGGAGGUGCUUGGGAGAGGAUGAUAGGCAUCGCACGGAGAAUACUUGACUCAAUCUUCUUACAAGAAGGAUCUUCAAAGUUGACUCAUGAAAGCCUGACUACCUUCAUGGCGGAAGUAUCGGCUAUCAUAAAUGCCAGACCGCUAAGACUGAACAAAUUUGUGCUCCUCCCGGAGAAUUUAAUUCCAAAGAUCUUUACAGAAAUCGAUGGAGACAAGUACAGAGUCUCUCAAACUCGUUCUGGGAUAAGUGGAAAAAGCAAUACAUUCCCACUCUGCAACCAAGGAGAAAGUGGCAAACCAGCAAGCCUGACCUCCAGCCUGGAGAUGUAG